AGAUUGCCCAAGGAAGGGCCAAACGCAGGGACCUAAAAAGAAGCCCAUUCCUGUUUUGUCCCUAGAAGAUGAAGAUUAGGGGUGUCAGGGCCAGGAACCCCCCCCCCGAGCCUCGGAUAACCCUUAAAGUGGGGGGACAGCCGGUGACCUUCCUGGUCGAUACGGGAGCUCAACAUUCAGUUUUAACUGAGGCAAAAGGACCCUUGAGCUCUAAAACGUCUUGGGUUCAGGGGGCAACUGGAGGCAAGUUAUAUCGAUGGACAACCGAACGGAAGGUCCACCUGAGCACUGGGCAAGUAACGCAUUCCUUCUUACUGGUCCCAGACGGCCCUUACCCUCUCCUAGGCAGAGACCUUCUUUCAAAAGUAGGGGCCCAGAUACAUUUUCAGCAAAAAGGGGCCACUAUUACUGGCGCAGGAGGGCAGCCCCUCCAGGUACUGACCUUGCGCCUAGAGGAUGAACACCGGCUGCACGAGGACUCUCCACCGUCCGUGCAGCCCCUAGAUUCUGAAUGGCUCACUAACUACCCUCAGGCCUGGGUGGAAACGGCCGGAAUGGGACUAGCUGUAAACCAGCCGCCCAUAAUUAUAAACUUAAAACCCUCGGCCACCCCCAUAUCGAUCCGGCAAUAUUCAAUGAGCAAAGAGGCCAAAAAAGGCAUUCGGCCACAUAUACAGAGACUAUUACAAUUGGGCAUUUUAAUACCUUGCCAGUCGCCCUGGAAUACUCCUCUAUUACCCGUAAAAAAACCCGGCACAGGAGAUUACCGGCCGGUACAAGAUUUACGAGAGGUUAACUGGAGGACAGAGGACAUACAUCCCACGGUGCCGAAUCCCUACAACUUGCUCAGCACCUUACCCCCAAGCCAUGUCUGGUAUACGGUGUUAGAUCUAAAAGAUGCAUUCUUCUGCCUGAGGUUAAGCUCUCAAAGCCAGCCUAUUUUUGCUUUUGAAUGGAAAGAUCCUGAGACGGGAUUCUCAGGACAACUCACUUGGACAAGGCUGCCACAGGGAUUCAAAAACUCCCCUACUUUGUUCGAUGAGGCCUUGCAUCGGGAUUUGGCAGAUUUCCGAGUUGGCCAUCCGGACCUCGUCCUUCUGCAGUACGUGGAUGAUUUGCUCCUGGCGGCUAGGACAGAACAGGAUUGUGUAAAAGAAACCGAGUCCCCCUCCCUAGUAAUGCAUGAUUGCCACCAGAUCCUAGCUGAAGUCCAUGGCACCAGAGGGGACUUGACGGACCAGCCUUUGCCAGAUGCUGAAGCAACCUGGUACACCGAUGGGAGUAGCUUUCUACGAAAUGGCUGGACAGAAGCUUUCCCCACCAAGCAAGAAACCGCCCAGGUGGAUGUCAAGAAAAUCCUGGAAGAAAUUUUCCCCCAGUUUGGACUGCCCAAGGUAAUAGGGUCGGACAACGGCCCCGCCUUCGUCUCCCAGGACAGGCUAAAGGCGCUCCAGAUUACCCAGCACCAGAUCUGGAAGCCCCUUGCGGCUGUCUACCGCCCCGGAGACACAACCGGCCCACACCCGUUCCAGAUCGGGGACUCCGUCUACGUCAGGAGACAUCAGUCCAGGACGCUUGAGCCCCGCUGGAAGGGCCCAUAUACUGUCCUACUGACCACCCCAACCGCCUUAAAGGUAGACGGCAUUGCUGCUUGGGUCCACGCCUCACACGUCCAGCGCGCCCCAUCAACGAGCACCGCUGACGCCAGCCAGGACGGACCGGACGAGCCGCUCCAAUGGAAGCUCCACCGCACCCAAAACCCGCUCAAGAUAAGACUUUCAAAAAUUGUUCAAUGACAGUUGUUAUAUUCCUACCUCUCCUAGCGCUCUUCACCUCCGCCAAAGGUGACCCUCAUGCCCUCAAAAGGUUAACCUGGCAGGUACUAACGUCUGGGGGUGACGAGGUCUGGUCUAUAACUAAGACCGCCCCCGUGGGAACCUGGUGGCCUGACCUAUAUCCUGACCUAUGCAAGCUAACCAUAGGGGCCCCUAGCCCAUGGGACCUAGAGGGAUACUUCGACACCUCUAGAGCCCCUAACCAAGAAAGCCCUCCAGGGCGACUGGGAUUAGACCCAUGGGGAGGAUGUGGCACGCCUGACAGAAGGGCCAUGCCAAGCACUCUUCCCUUUUAUGUCUGUCCCGGGCACCACAGAGAUCGCAGGCUAAAUCCCACCUGUGGAGGAGGGGAAUACCUUCUAUUGUAAAAAUUGGGGGUGCGAAACUACGGGGGAUACAGAAUGGAGGCCCUCCUCCUCCUGGGAUUAUAUCACUGUCAAGGCUAACUAUACUCACCCGACAUUUAGCAAAUGGAAAACCCUUAAUUAUGGGCCCUGCCAAGGGUGGUGUCAUCCCCUACGGAUAUCCUUCACGGAGCCCGGAAAAAGGGCUACUUACUGGGCCAAUGGAUAUACGUGGGGACUCAGGUUAUACAAAGAAAGAACAGAUGAUGGUUUUAUAUUCAGAAUUAAACU